UCACCGUUCCAGUAUUAUUUAAUGAUCGUGAUAAAUUAUGUGAUUAUUUAGUACGUAUCAAUUCUUUAUCUCAGAUUAAACCACAAGAAACUGCUGAAAAAAUCGAGCAACUUCGGUUAGAUCAUAUUUCCAAUAAGUUCAAUCCAUCAUCUAAGGAUCCGACAGAUUUAAUACCAUUCAAACUGCAUAUACCACAAAAAGACAAAGACAAAAAAGGUGUUGGAGCCAUAAGACCGACUAGCUUACUACAUGGCACUAAAAGUCCAUUUAUAAUUGCUGCAUCUAUAUCAACUGAAGAAAGCGGGACCAAGAUUAAUAAUGACAAAUUCUUAAAAUUUUUCAAAGAAAAUAAGGAUUGGAGUCUCUCCAAAUAUAUAGAUCAUAUGGAAUCUCAAUUAAAUGAUGUAGAGAAGCCAAUAUGUUAA